GCGCAAUAUUGUACAGUGCGCGGGAACAAGAGACACACUUACCUGCAAUAUUGUCCCAUCACGAGUGCCGCUGCAUCUUUCCAUACGGGUCUACACCGCCCCAAGUCUGAAGAAACGCCAACAUGAAGUACAAAAAACUCGCCGCCAGACGACGGAUGUCCGGUGGAUUUUUCCGCGAGUUUCUCAAAGAUUUACUAGCUGACCGCCGCAGUAAAAAGUUCAGAAAGUCCAAGUUGAUUCUGGGUUUCUUCUACGGAUUUUUCCUGAGCCUGAUUCUCUACCAUUUUGUAAUUGUCGAUUUAGAAUUUACUGAACAGACCACUCAUCUAAUGGGUAUCAUUAUUGGUCUAUUUUUGAGCAUCGGCCAUGCAAUUUCACAACAGGUCCGGUGUUUGGGGCUUUUAGCGAUGCCGACGUUCUGUGAUAAGUCCGGCCAACGCGUAUUAGUGACCAUGGUGUUUGCGUACGUUAUGGCCGGCCCUUUAAAUAACAUAAUGAGAAACGGAUCCGAAGUGAUUAGAGUGUUCACCUGUUCCAGUGCACUGGUGUAUAAUUUGACCAAGACCCGAUAUGAACUCAUGUUCAAACCGUUUCAGGAAGCACUAUUUAAUUUGAAGGCUGAAACAAACGAGAUAAAAGAAACCAUAAAUUCCAUCAACGACGUGAUCGAUCCAAUUCGACAGGAAUUCGAAUCAGACAGUGACAGUAUCGUACUACACGAGAGAAACGACUACUUAGACGAUCUGCAAAUGAGACCAUCAAAAAUUUACAAUGCAAAAUCGUCCGAGCAUACCAAAAAUAUGUACAAAAUACCGGAGCCGAGCGAAGUGGAAAUAAAGUACAGAAAUAAAUUACACAGAAAGUGCAAAGGCAUCAUCGAUCGGGCCGACGAAAAGUGCAAGGCAGCGUUUCAGAACAGUUACGACAAUUGCAGGAACUCCGUACACUGGUCCGUGAACUGGGCCCUGUGCUGGCCUAUGCAAGUCACUUUCGUCUGCAAUCUUGCACCAUCCGGAUCAAUAUCGCGACGCUUACGACAUGACUCGCGACAUGAUGAUCGAUUUCCGGGAGAAAAGGCGGGCUGCCGAGUUCGUGUUCGUGUGCGUCGACGUCUGCUGGCCUUUUCGUUCCUCAAAAUACUUUUGGACAGUCAGAGUUACAUGCACAAAUACCUAACGGACAUCGAACACGACAACGCGUACGUGACCAGAUAUUACCGGAAGAUCGACGCCCGGCGGAAAAAGACCGGCAAACACACGUUGCUGCCGCUCAAGAAGACCGAAAAGAGCAAAAUGGUCGACUUGAGAAGCUACAAGCUGGUCGACCGCGAGUGUGAUCACCUGUUCAAAUCAUUGGUGAAAUUGGUGUUUGAAAUUAUCGCUGCCUCGUCAUUGGUUUUAUUGGACAUCGUGUUUUACGAGGCGCUGGACGUAAUCAAGAGACACGCUAAAAUCGAUUACUUCCAGACCGGCCACCACAACCUGUACAUCAAGGUCAAGGGCACCGGAAUGAUCGCUAAUUUGCUAAGGUCCGUCGUGGACAGGUUCAAUUUCAGGAAAAACAUCACCGUCAACCUUAGCAACGAAAUGUGUCUCCCAAAUCCAUACAAAUUGGAUGCAUAUUACCUGCAUAAAAUAUACGGCACUUUAAUGCUGGUGUUUGUCAUGACCGUAUUCGCCGGAUACUCGAGCCGACUAAAAAGAUUGAUCUGCGCGGUAUUUUUCCGGAAGAGAGAAAAGCGCAGAGUUCUAUACCUGUACAACGAAACAUUAAGAAAGCGAACGGCGUUCUUCAGGUACAUGAAGCAAAAGGUGGCAAAAUUGGCACGCGAAAACAAAUUAUCGGAAGAUCUUGAUAUUUUUCUGAUGUUGAGACUUAAGUUUCCAGCACUGUUUGGCUGGCUAGUAUGGUUUUCAUGUGGCCGGAGAAAAUGUCUGAUUUGUGGCGAACCAGAAACAAAUAACGGCAAACAGUAUGGUUGCAACACAGUUGGAUGUGUUUACAUACAUUGUGAACAGUGUUGGAAAGAUGUUGGCGUCUGUUAUGCCUGUUCAGAGAUAUUCAUAAAAAAAGAUAAUGAAUAUAAUCUGGACGCAGAUACUACUGCCGAGGGUUAUGUAGACACUGAUUAUUAUGAAUAGAAAAAAAACAUUACAGUUCAUUAAAAU